AUGCAAUUUGGAAUUAGACUUCUAAAUGAAAGAAGGUUGAGAAUAAAUAAGCAGGAUUUGACAUUACUAUAUAAAAUUUUACAUGCUUACGUUAUUGACAAUGCUCUGAUAACUAUAACCGAUGCAAUUAAUGCAAGGCUUCAGUGGCAGAUCGAGAUAAAGUAUCACGAUGCAUUUCGCUUCACUACGCAACGAAUUGUUUUCGUCGUUGCUUUUGCCUAUUUCCUCGAACAUCAUUCGCUAAUUAGCCGUAAUAUUAUUGCUAAUUUAAUUGGAUUGGAAACGGAUCCCUUAAAAGGGGCACACCUCGAUCUUGAAGAUUAUUUACAAGGAAUUCUUAAUCUUGCGAGUGAAUUAGUCCGAUACGCUGUAAAUGCAUUCGUCGCUGGCGACAAUAAGAAACCCUUCCAGAUUGCCGAUUUUGUAACUUUGAUUGAUACAAACUUCCGCCUUUUAAAUCUUAAAAACGAUGUAUUAAGAAGACGUUACGAUGUCUUGAAAUAUGAUGUACAGAAAGCGGAACAAAUGGUAUUUGAUCUCACAGUUCGUGGUUUUAAGCGGCCGUGA